AUGGCAAAAGGCGACAUUGCCCUCGCCGAUGUCCUCGCAGACGCCACUGCAGCCGAAGCGACCCGGAAAUCGGCGGCACGAAUGCGGAGACCAGACGCCGGAGACCGCACCGAAACCACCGAGGCAGAAGUCAGUUCUGAUGAAAAGGAUUCUGGCGUUCAUUCCAAGAAGAGGUCACACCAUGGGAGUCCAAAACUUCUCAGGAUGUUCUCGGAUUCUUCUGACCAAGGAGACUCUGGAGCUGGAAAUCACAGUGAUGAGUCUAAAAGUGAUGAGUCUAAAAGUGAUGAGGAAACUAAAAAGAGCAAAAGAAAACCAUCCCUUCAGGAGGCAAGAGGGGAGAGAGGAUGAGGCAGGAAAUCACCCAAGGGCCAGGGGAUCACGGGCUCGCAGAAAAGGAGAGUGAGUGAAUCUGAGGAGACCACCACCAACAUGGGACAGAGUGACGUUGAAGAAGAGGUCAAAGAACACAGGAAAGUCACAAAAGGGAACAGCUUGAAGCAAAGAGACUUCAAGAAAAAGGUGGACAAAGGGUCUAAAGAUAAUGACCCCAAAGGCAAAGCAAAAAACAGGACAAUGAAUAAGCAAAGAGAUGAAAAGCACCUAUCAGAGGGAGGAACUGAUCUGUCGGCAGUAGAAGAAAUCUCUGAAAAGAAAAGAGAAUGGAAUGAAAGUGAGAGUGAGAGUGAAGAGAAGUCAUCAUUCAGUACUAAUAAAGCACAGCAGAGGAUGGGGCCCAGAAUCCAGAAGGGUUUGAAGGGGAACAAGAGUGAAGAUGCCUCAGGAAGUGCUCCUGAUAAAAAAUUAAAUUUGCAGAAGAAGAUGGCAGACAGGCAAUGCAGAAGAAAGAGUAGAGCUAUAGAGGAUUCGGGGAGCAGUUCUGAGGAUUCUGCAGGUGAAAGUCCAAUGAGGAAGGAGGGAGCAAAGAAGGCCAGGGGAGAAAGAGGUAGCCAGCAGACUGGAAAUCACUCCAAACCCAAGAGGCAGCCUAAAGAGAGAGAGGGGAGGAAGAAGAUGCAGAGGGAAGACCUGUGCAGGAAGAAACCAGGGGAAGUGAAGAUGAUGAUGCAAAGGAUUCAGGAGUCCACCAGUGAAGAAUCUGAAAGUAAGUCAGAGGAGUAUAAGAGCUCAGAAGAGAAGAAGUGGGUGCAGGAUCCUACUAGCAGUGAAGGGGAAUUGCAAAGCGAGACAAAUCAAGGGCAGCCUAGGAAGGCAGCUCUAAUAAGUCCCCCAUCAGAAAGUGAGUCCGAUGAAGAUCUGAGGAGGACACUGGAAAAGGAGAGCAAGCAUGUCUCUGGGUGUGACUUAAGUCAAGAAGAGAAGUUGAAGAGAGGAGCUCAGAAGUCACAGAGAAAGAACAUCGGUAAAAAAGUCUCUGUGCUUGGUUCUGAGGAUUCAGGAAGUGAGUUUGGGGGAAAGAAAAAAAUCCAAAGCCAGCAGCAGAGAAGAAUGAAAAAGCUCCAAAGGAGGAGUGCUACCAAGGAAAAACAGAGGGAAGAAUCCAGCCAGGAAGAGGGCUCCAACACAGAAGAGGACAAGCCCACUACUUCUCAGCAGCACGAUUGUGGAAAGGAUAAGAAGCAUCAUUCUGGAAAGAAUGAGGAACAUCCCUCCAUCCAACGUAUGAAACACUACAUCCGGGAAUGUGGUGUGCGUCGGAAUUACAAAAAGCUCCUGGCAGGUUGCCACUCUCGCAAAGCUCAGAUAGAGGUUCUCAAAGAAGAGCUGGGAAGUCUUGGCAUAAAAGGAACUCCUUCUCUAGCCAAGUGCAAAGCACUAAAGCAGAAGCAGGAAGAAGCAGCCGAAGUGGCUUCUCUUGAUAUCAACAAUAUUAUUGUUACAGAAG